CACGCCCAAGCUGAGCGGUUGUUCGCUGCGCGGCAUGUUCCGCCGCCCCCCGCGCAACUUCCGCGGCCGGCGGCGCGCAGCGUCCAGCGGCAGCAGCGAUGAGGAGCCGGAGCCGCUCGCUACCGUCCCCCAGCCGCCAGCCCUUGGCUCCGACUCCGAGCAGGAAGCGGAGCUUGAGGAGGGCGAGGGAGAUCCCGGAACCGCCGUCACGCCGCCCGAGAGGGCCAGGGCCCUCGCAGCGGAGGGGCUGCUGUCCCUAGAGGAGCCGGCGGGCAGUCCCGGGGGCCGGAAGGAGAGUGGAAGGGCGACUACUCUCCAGGCGCCACGUCUGCUCGGAACGGGGCCCGCGCGGGGGACGAAGGUGCUGCUGAGCUUCGGUAGUGAGGAGGAGCGGGACGGUGAUGAAUAUUUUAAAAUUAAAAAGCCAUCCUUCAAUGAAGUAACCUUCAGAAUCCAAAAGAAGGAAGCCCUGCUACCUGCACAAACAGAAACGGAAGAAAACAAAAAAAUCUGCCCAUUGGAGCCUGGAACUGGCAGCACUAAAGGGACUCAUGAAGAAGAAGAGGAGAAGGAGGAUGAAAAUUUUUCUUCAUUAAGUGAGGGCUACAACAGCUCAGACUCUGAAAAUAAAUCUAGCUCUCCACAGAGAAGGAAGGAUUUAUCACCAGGUAAUGUCCCCAGUGCAGCUGGUAUUGAGGCUGCUCGGAGGAAACGUCACUUAGCCAGGACACAGGCUGAUUAUCUUCCACUGGAUGUUUCAAACAGUCAUCAGGUCUCUCAGAGAAGAGAAGGCAGUGACUUAGAGAGUGAAGAUGAGUUUGAUAUGAAGAAUCUCAGUUUUGUUCCUAAAAGGAGAACUCUUGGGCAGAGGAUGACUGAACACAUGGUGUCUGUGAGUGAUGAGUCAAGUGAAGAUGAAGCACAAAUCAAGUGGGAAGAACAGCAAAUAAAGAAAGCCAUUAAACUCUCGCAGGAAACUUAUGAUGAUGCUUCCCAGCAUAGAUCUCAGCCAGCUAAGCCAAAGUUUGAUCCCUCUGUUUCUCUACCACCUGUGAACUUGGAAAUUGUGAAGAAGCGACUCACUGAAAGGAUAACAUCAUUACAAGAUGUGCACCGUGCCCAUCAGAGGGAGUAUGAAAAAUAUGUGGAGGACAUUGAGAGUUCAAAGAUGACUGUCCAGGAGUUAGAGAAGUCUUCAGAUGCAGCUUUAAAUUACAAAUUCUACAGGACCAUGAAAACAUAUGUAGAAAACUUGAUAGACUGUUUGAAUGAAAAACUGAAAUACAUUAAUGAGCUAGAACUGGCUGUACAUGUGCUUCUUCAGCAACAAGCCACAAGAGUAUCGAAACGAAGGCAAGAGGAGCUGAAAAACGAAUCUGCUUAUAUUCGACAUACGACAAGUGGGAAUGACAGACCAACUAAUGGUGGAUUUGAAGGGACUGAGAAGACACAGCUUCUGGAAAUGUGUGAACACAGAAGGACUUGCAGACGGCAAGCGAGAGAGCAUUCGGGAGAAGCUGAUCACCAUGAAGGCAUGUCGAGUGAUGACGAGCUGACUCCCACAGAGGUGAAUGAGUUUCAGACAAGCAAAGAUAACGUUUUACAGGAUGGUAGGAAAGUCUUUGAAGAUGUACAUGCAGAUUUUUGUGACAUCAGAAAAAUCCUGUUGAAAUUCCAGGAAUGGAAAGAGAAGUUUCCUGACUCUUACUGUGAUGCUUAUAUCAGUUUCUGCCUGCCUAAGCUACUAAAUCCAUUGAUCAGAAUUCAGUUAAUAAAUUGGAAUCCUCUUGAGGAGAAUUUUACAGAGUUGGAAGAGAUGCCCUGGUUCAGAGCUAUAGAAGAAUUCAGUGAUGCCAAAAACAUAUCUGAAUCAAAAAGAGCUGAUGAUCCUGAUGGAGAAGUUUUGCCUAGAGUGAUUGAAAAAACUAUUCUUCCCAAAAUUACAGCAUUUGUAAAGAGUGUGUGGGAUCCUUUGUCUACUUCACAAACAAAGAACCUCAUACGGCUUUGCAAUAACAUCUUCGAGAAACGUGUCCUCUCUAAAAAUAAACGCAGUCAAGCAAAAGAGGAUUUGAUGGACAUGAUUGUCUUAAGAAUGAAGAAGUCUAUAGAGGAAGAUGUCUUUAUUCCUCUGUAUCCUAAAAGCACCGUGGAAGACAAGUCAUCACUGUGUUCAAAAUUUCAAGACAGGCGAUUUUGGUCAGCUGUUAAGCUGCUCUCCAAUGUUCUGCUUUGGGAUGGGAUUGUACAAGAAGAUACAGUCCGGGAUUUGGGACUGAGCAAGCUGCUCAAUCGUUACCUUCUUCUGAACCUCGCAAACACACCACCAGGGCCAGAUAAUAUAGAGAAGUGUAAUAAGGUGGUUGCAUGCUUCCCAGAAAGAUGGUUCCAAGAUCUUAACGGUGGAUCAACCCUCCCCGAGUUACAGAACUUCUGCCAGCACUUGCUGCAGUGUGCCCGUACAUUACACAGGAGUAACCACAGUGAUGAAACAAAAGAAAUUCUUCUCCUGCUGGUAAAAGUCAAAGCUCUGCAUAUUGUUGAAGACUUCAUUGAAGAAUACGGACUUGAACAUCUUAAAUCCAUGAUCAGGAAAUAGAAAAUCUUGAACCAACACUUUUAUUACUGAAAUGACACUUCUACUCACUAAAAGUUCUAAUAUGAAAUUUAAUUAGUGGAUCCUGCCUAAUCAAAGAUGCAGUGUCUUAUUGUUAAACAUUUGGGUUUUUUUUUCCCCUGUGUUUGUUUGCCACCUAUUCUUGGGUUGAGGUAUCUUUUUAGAGGUUACAGUUGCCAAAGUAAAGUGAUGGUUCAGGCCUUCUAAAAUGUGAGACAAUGCUUGAUUUAUCCUUUUUGGAAGGAUUCCUGAAAAAAGUACUUAGAGUUGAUCACUGCUGGAUGCUGGACAGCUUGACAAGCUAUUUGCAGUGUGAAUUGCCAUAUCUUGUUCUGACUUAGCAGGCAGUGAGUUCUUCUAACUUGUGGCCUGCAGUGACUGUUGGCAGGGUCCUUGUGAAGCCAUCCCUUGAAACAAAUUUAUAAUGGUGCAGGGGUUUGAACGCUGGUACAGAAACAGAGAAGCUGGUGUGUAGGUCAGCAGUUUGACUGAUGACUCCUUAUUGGUGGUGAAUGUGGAUUCAGUGAGGCGAGAGCUGCACAGGAGAACAUCUGAAGAGCAAAAGUAGUGAAGGUGGAGUUUGUGUUGGGCGUUUUGUGCGUGAUUGAUACUAAUUGAACUUAAGUGCCCAGAGUGGUCACACCGGACUGCUUUGCAAAGCUUUUUGUAGCAGACAUCUUGUGCUUCUCACAGUCUUCAGUGACAUUCUAGUAACUGAAACUCUAGGAAGUAUUCCUCUUGCUUCCCAGUAAGAUCUACUGAACCUUACGUUGUUGCCCUUAUUAGACUUCUGCUGUUUUAUAAUUUUGCUUAUUUGCAAGAAAUAUUGUUACAGAAUAACAAGGAUGCUUUAUUGUAGAAACUGUAUUGCACAUUACAGCCUCUGUAUGUUUACCUGUAACUACUUCUCCAAAAUCUCAUAGGCCUAGAAGUUCCCUCUUGCAGACUUAAACCCUAUGAUUUCUUUGUAAUUUUUUUAAGUUAAAAAGAUAUUUUUGUAAAAUAUUUUAACUGUAAAUAGCUCUGGUCAGUGUUACAGACAGAAGAGGACUUUUAAAACAAUUUUAUUUUGGAAAUAAAUAU